GCUUCGUGGGGCGGGACGAGGAGAAGCCAAACGUAAAGACACCAGGAGUUUCUCGGGCCCAGGUCUGGCUGCUGCCGGGGAGCUCCAAGCCUUUGCGGGUUCUUGCAGCGAAUAGGAGUCUGGGCAGGCGUCAGGCUAGUCCGACGGAGAGUGGGUGUGAUCAGCACUGGAAAAGAUGCCUGCCCCUGCUGCCACAUAUGAAAGAGUAGUUUACAAAAACCCUUCCGAGUACCACUACAUGAAAGUCUGCCUAGAAUUUCAAGAUUGUGGAGUUGGACUGAAUGCUGCACAGUUCAAACAGCUGCUGAUUUCGGCCGUGAAGGACCUGUUUGGGGAGGUUGAUGCCGCCUUACCUUUGGACAUCCUAACCUAUGAAGAGAAGACCUUGUCAGCCAUCUUGAGAAUAUGUAGCAGUGGUCUUGUCAAAUUGUGGAGCUCUUUGACCCUGUUAGGAUCCUAUAAAGGCAAAAAAUGUGCUUUCCGGGUGAUUCAGGUUUCUCCAUUUCUCCUUGCAUUAUCUGGUAAUAGUAGGGAACUAGUAUUGGAUUGAAUGAAUAGUCUUCCAUUUUGGAAACAUUCCUCCACUCUCAUAUUUAUUUUUUGGUGCCUGCAUGUUUGAAGACUGAAGCAGGCUAAAAGCUCUUGAUGAAAUUUGUGGGUGCUGAAGAUGUUCCCACUAAUUUCCAGUCAUCGCUUUUGGUGGGGUGGGCUUCGGAGGACAGUCUGCCUGAACCUGCCAGUGCUGACCCUGCAGCACUUUCAGCAUAUGCACAUCAAAGUUGGAGACCGCGCUGAACUUAGGAGGGCCUUCACACAGACAGAUGUGGCUACCUUCUCAGAAUUAACGGGGGAUAUCAAUCCUUUGCAUUUAAAUGAAGACUUUGCAAAACACACCAAGUUUGGAAAUACAAUUGUACAUGGAGUUUUGAUCAAUGGACUUAUCUCAGCUCUCCUGGGAACUAAAAUGCCAGGGCCAGGUUGUGUAUUUCUUUCCCAGGAAAUUAGCUUUCCAGCCCCUUUAUAUAUUGGAGAAGUUGUUUUAGCUUCUGCAGAAGUGAAAAAGCUGAAGCGGUUCAUUGCUAUUAUUGCAGUGUCAUGUUCUGUAAUAGAAAGUAAAAAGACUGUUAUGGAAGGCUGGGUUAAAGUUAUGGUUCCAGAAGCUCCCAAAUCCUGAAAUAUGUGUUUAAAGAUGCAACCUCAAACACCAAUGCUGUAGUUAAAGAGCCUCUGGGGAAAUGGAUUGCUGCUUUUCACCAAAGAAUGGUUGAUAGGCCCAGAAGCCCAUCUUAGGGGAAGAGAGCGGGUAGAGGGUUGUUCAAAUGCCCACUUUCCAGUUUGGCCUUAUGCUUUAUGCAGACUUGAGUGUAUGCAGGAUUUUCAUUAUCUGCCUGGCUUUUUUGUUUUUUGCUUUUUAAUUCAAGAAGUGGGCUGGGCCCAGCGGCACAUGCCUAUAAUCCUGGCACUUUGGGAGGCUGUGGCAGGCGGAUCACUUGAGGUCAGGAGUCCAAGACCAUCCUGGCCAACAUGGUAAAACCCCAUCACUACCAAAAAAAAAAAA